UCCGCCUCCCGUCGCGUAGGAUUGUCAUGCGCAAACUGCCAUACGACCACAACUACGUUAUGGCGUCGUAACAACGAGGGAGAACCCGUAUGUAACGCAUGCGGACUCUACUACAAACUUCACGGGGUAAAUCGUCCAUUGGCCAUGAAAAAGGAUGGCAUUCAAACGAGAAAACGAAAACCAAAGAGUCUGGCUAAGAAUAAAUCUGCUCCAAAGUCAGAACAAAAUGAUAUCAAACCUGCUCUCUCUCCAAACAACAAUAAUUUAUCCUCUGGUCAAGGUGGACAUGUGACCGGAAGCGGACACGGAACACCCUCAUUGAACGGAACAAACGUCACCGCCCUCCUUGGACCUACUUCCGGUGUGACACCACUCACAGCUGUUGGUUCAGAACAUUCGUCUCUAUCUAGUCCUGUUAACUUAGCCGCUGUUAAUCACUAUUCCUCACCGUCACCACCCAAGGCAGUUCCGGUCAAGAUGGAGUCCGAUCUCCAUGGACACGGUGGUCACGUGUCCGUCGGUGGCAUUCCUCACUCAGACAAUUCCAGUUUAAGUACUGUUGCAGUCGGUGGUAAUUGAUUUUAAAGCCAUAUAUUGUUGAAUGUCUUUUGUACAAAAUGCGUGAAAUGGAUUGAGAUGUAAUGGACAAUGGCAAAAUAUGUUCCAAAGAAUGACGGGAAAGAACGCGUACCCGUGAGAAUUGACUCACGAGUUUUAUUUUGGAGGUAGACUUAACAUUGUCAAAUACGUGAUUCUUUACUACCGAGUCAUCACCUGAACAUCUCAAAACUUUAGUACGACACUUUUUGCUUGGGAUCCAUACUCAAUGAAUAGUUCUUAACAUACUCAAAUAAAUCACGUCGGGGUUUUAGAGAACCGAAUUAUCAUGAAAACAUAAAACCAAGUGGUAAUAUAUCUUGCUCAUCAAACCUUCCAUACGAAAAUGUGGACGACAGUAUUUACCACAGCUCUACCUCAGGAAAUACGAAACUACGACUCAUUAUAGUUUGUGUUCAACUCUAUAUGUUUCAUGAAGUACAGUAAAUGUCAACGGUUAUUCUGUUAUGUUGUUUUCCCUUCCUUAAAAUGUUCAAAUGUCAAGGUAGACAUUUUAGUUGGUUGGUUAGGACCAGUAAUGAGAAAGUUUAAUUUGUAAAUGUGGAAGGGCAGACUUUUGAGAACAUGAAAUUAUACUUGUAACCAAGUGUGAGUUUGGAAGGUUUAGUAGUGAAAUGUUUUGUAGAUAGAUUUGCCUUAAUUUUGUGUAAAUAUAUAAAUUGUUUUCAUAUGGUAUGAACCCUGUGAUCCUUAUAUAUAUAUAUAUAUAUAUCUCGAUGAAAAUGAUAAUAUUUAAUUAAACAAUUUUUGAAAAAUUAGACAAAUCAUAUAAUUGUUUCGUAUCCAAUCUUUAAGAAACAUAUCAUAUUGAUUACCACUUUCAGUCAAUGAAUUUCACUAUGUCAUAAUGUAUUGAAUAAUAUAUUACAAUGCAGAACGUAUUUAUCAGACACAAUCAUAAUCGCACAUUUGUAAUAAACAUUUGGAGGAGAAAGUCUGUCAAAGUUAGUGUUAUGGAUACUUCAAACUGAGUGUCAUAUUCUCUUUUUUUAAUGGUAAAUUUGAAUAUACUGGAACAACAAAUCAUUGGAUUUUCCUUUCAGCAAAUUUGACUGUUUAUCAAUAUCGUAAAUACUGUAAACGUUUCGUAAGUUUAUAUCAUAGCUUGAGAAAUGCAUUCACAGUUAUUCAUUGUAUUUCGAUAUACUCUUAAGAAAAGGUUUGAAAUACAGUACCUACAUAACAUUGCCUUAAUCAUGCAACAUUGCUUGCGCUGGGUUUUUUCAAAGACAACAAAACACAUCUGUAAUAUACUUUUUUGAUUUUGAAAAAUAGACUACGAUUCGACUAACAUAAUCACAUAGCUUCUUAGUCCUACUUAAAAACGAAGUGAUAAAUUGACUCUUUAAGAUUGAAAACAUAAGUCAAUAUAGGCAUCGAAACAAAGUACCUAUUUACUUCGCCAUAUAUCCGUGUCCUCCAUUGAGGACUAAGCAGUAAUACGAAUUGCCAAAAAACAAUGAAAAUCCAUGUCUAAUUUAGAGUAGAGACUUGUUUUGUCAACGUUGAUAAUUGUUCGAAUUUGAGUUGAUCUCAAUUAUUACAAAUUAUCUUCCUUUGUUCUUAUUUUCUGAGAAAUCAAUCCCUUUCUUUAUUAAAACUGAAGUGUCUACACCAUACAUUAAGCACGACUUAUUGAUCCUUAGAUAUGUUAUUAAUAUAUUGUCGUUGGAGAAUUGAGAUUUGCCAUUUUUGUGCGAUUUUUGUCUGGAGAUUCGUCAUUGUUAAAUGACCUUACCCACAUGCCAUUUGGGUAAAGACGUUUUUUGACGGAGUUCUGUAACUCAUAAGCAUAGGCCUUAUACACUAACAACGAAGUUUGGUUCGUACUUAUUUAUGGGUAAAGUGAAAAAGAUUGUUAUAUAAAUGUCAGAGAAUGAAAGAGUGUAAGAUAUUUAUUUUUAUAAUUGUGAAUUAGUGCCAUAGAAUUAUCACAGUGUGAAAUGUGUUAUAGUUUUGUUUUGUAUAUUUUUCUGACUUAAUAUUUUAACAUGUUCAGGUGCUGUUGCAAAGGAAUACACUGACAUUUUCUGUCAUGUGUUUUUUCCCCACAGUAUUGAAACUGCUGGUAAAUUAUAAUUUUUCAUCUAAUGAUAACUAAUCGAUUUGGAAGCUAUAUUUCUACCAAAAACAUAAUUUCCUGUCAAACUGAAUUUCGAAAUUGAUACCAAAAUUUCUCAACUAUUGAAAAAAUGUUUAUGAUGAUAGGUAACGGUAUUUAGAUACAUUUUACAGAUUAAAUCUCGUUUGCCAAAAGCAUCUUGCCUUUUUCAGAAACUUGCCUAAUUGGAUCAUUUUUCUAUGUAUAUCUUUGAUAAUCUAUGUUACAAUUAGCCGUACUUGCAAACUCCAGUAUUAUACAUCAUACAUAGUCAUGAUGCGUGGAUAUAUUGUAUACAUGAGUUAUUUUUCAUUUGACAUUAUUUCAAAAAACA